UAUAACACAUGUGUUUCAAUGUUAUUUCAAUCAUUCAAUUAUUGACUGAUUGUUUGGAUUAUUACUAAUACCGUCGGUAAUCAUCCCGUGUGGCCACUAAUAACCUAACAAUAAUGUCAAACUGGGCUCAACUACAGCAACAGCUAAGGCAUCCGUCAAAUCCGGUCGUAUUUUUUGAUAUAACAAUCGGCAGUACCGAAGUUGGCCGCAUGAAAAUGGAACUAUUCUCGGAUGUAGUACCGAAAACGGCCGAAAAUUUCAGACAGUUCUGUACCGGAGAGUACAAACGUGACGGCGUUCCCAUUGGUUUCAAAUCGGUUACAUUUCAUCGGGUAAUCAAAGACUUUAUGGUACAGUCGGGAGACUUUGUUAACAAUGACGGCACCGGUAUUAUGUCCAUUUUCGGUGGCGGCAAGUUUCCCGAUGAAAACUUUAUGCUCAAACACGACGCUCCGGGACUACUGUCGAUGGCCAACAGCGGUAAAGACACUAAUGGUUGCCAAUUCUUCAUUACGUGCGCUAAAUGCGAUUUUCUUGACAACAAACACGUAGUUUUCGGACGUGUAAUAGACGGUAUGCUUGUGAUGAGAAAGAUCGAAAAUGUACCGACGGGUCCAAACAAUAAGCCAAAGAUACCGGUGCUUAUCUCACAGUGCGGCGAAAUGUAGUAAUCGGGAUGUGCGGCCACCACCACUACCACCAUCACUGUCAUCACCAGCUACAACAACAGCACCGGGUCUUUAUAUGCGCCCCCGAUAUGUCA